AGUACACAAUAUUGUGAACUAUUUGCAUUAGAAAGCAAUUAAAUAUACUCCUGAUCGUUUUAGAUUAAAAAAGCUUUGGCAUUUUCUGGAGUUUUGCCAAAUUUAAAAUAUAUUUAAAUAUUUUAAACGUAUAUAUUAAAAUGCAACGUAAUAUUAGUUUGUUAACACCAAAGACAAAGACUAACGCAGUGGGUAUUUCCCACUCUAUUCCCAGUAUGAUAUGAAAGUGACGAUACAAGAACUAGGUCAUUUUGAAUUGAUUUUUAUGGUUUAAACGGAUGUUUAAGUAUACCACAAGGAAUACCAUAUUGAUAUCUCAUCAUUCUAUUUCGUUUUGUCAUCAGAUUGAGCCAAAAUAAAGUAUAAUUUCAAAACCUUCCUGAGGCUGUUGGAGCCAGUAUGCUUGGAAGAUGGAAAGAAGGAUAUGUGAAUUCCGACCAGAAAUUGUGCAGUGUAUCAAAACAGAGCGUGUACUGCAGCACCUUGUUCCUUCAUUUAUAACCCAAGGCGAGAGUAGAGUCAUUAAACGGCUAUACAAGAUAUCCACAGAAAGGGCAAACAACAAACUUCUUGAUAACUUAUUGCUGUCUACGUCGCAAGGAAAAUGGGUGGCGUUUAUCGACGCCCUGAGAAGAGAAGAGUACAUUUUUCUUGAGAAGCUUUUAAAUUGCGAGGAUACGUUGAACAAAACCAAUUACAGAAACUACAGAAGAAUAAUUGAAUUGUUUGCACCGACAUUAAAACAGCAAAUAGAACCAUCAGAACUGACAACAUUUCUUGUGGCCGACAGAGUCAUUUCUGACGUAGACCAAGAGGAGAUUAUAGCCGAACAGCAGAACCACGGUUGUAUAGCAGCCACGGUUGUUCUCCUUGAUCGUAUCAAAACCCAUCUCAACCCUGAUGAGUGGUAUCAACGUUUCUUGCUGGCAUUGUACAAAAACGGACAAAGCUCUCUCGUUAAGGAUGUCGACCCAGACUUUUACUGGAAACAUCAAACGGAAGAAACUAUAGAACGGACUGUACCUUGCGACAAAGGCUCCGUUAAUACAGAAAGGGCGGCUGGUGAAAUGCCAGAAGAUGCAGAAUCAAACAUUGCAAAGAGAAUCAUUGAUUACUGGUCGGAAAUUGUGGAAAUUGUGGAUAUAGAUGAUUUGAACCAGUAUUUAAACCCUGAUCUUCUUGAUGAAGUAGAUGGAACAAGAAUAAGGGGAAUAGAGCCAGAACAUACAGGAGAAGCAUUGAGUAAGCUGUUACACAAGGUUAUAGGAGGAAAAGUUUGUCGAACGUUUCUGUGUGUCCUAGUAAACGCAGGUUAUCCGUUUCUUGCCUCAUUUCUGAAAAGUGAUUCGGACAAUUCUUUAAAAACAUCAACUUAUUUGAGGAAUCUUAUUCAGAUAUUCUCUUCCCGUGUUCAAAACCAGUUGGAUGUAAACCAUGUUCUAAGCGAUUUGGUUGCGGAAAGUGUAAUAAGCCAAACAGACAAUGAGAAAAUUAAGUCUGUGCUUGAUUUAAGAGGAAACACAGCCGCUGCCAUGGAGCUCUUAGAUCGUAUUCACAAGCGCCUUGAGCCUUGCAGUUGGUAUAGCACGUUUCUUCAGAUAUUAGUGAGGAGAGGACAUGCACACAUUGUUAAAAUAAUCGAACCUGAUUAUUUGGAAAACCAAACAAACUUCAGAGAAGAAUUACGUAAAAUAGCAGAAAGCAACCUUCAGGAAGAUUUGGCAUUUUCUUUUGAUAGUCCAAGCGAUAAGACGUCUCUAGUUAAGGCCAUUAAAAAGCGUAUACACAAUUUGGAAUUGUCGAAAGAGGAAGCUUUGAUCUCGAUAGACAAAUGGUUUUUGAAAUUACAGGCAUCAUGUGAAGAAACAAAACGCGAAGUUUCAAGUUUAGCUAGCAGUGAACAUGAGAGUCUUCAAAGGGUGUUGAUAGACGUACAAGGUGUACCAAGUCAGGAUGACCAGUUUGGCACUUUUAGAGACAGAUGUUAUGAACAAAUUGGAACUUUGCCGAAAGCGAUUUUAUUUGAAAACAGCUCAGACUUAAUUCUUUUCGGAGGAUUUGGAACCGUAUCGCUAGUUGAAAAUCGAAUGCGUGAAAACGAACGUUUGCCAAUCAUUGACAACAGAAUAAGCAGAGAAAAGAAACUGUCGAAUGAAAUUUCUAGGCUUAAACUCAGUUAUUCUCCUUCCUCAUCUUCGUCCUUUUUGAAAGUCAAAGGCAAUCAGGUGCGAAAAACAGGAAUGGCAUUUCAUGAGGCCUCAUCAUCCAAAUCAAAUUCGAGCCAAGGCGUCUUCGGAAGGUUCCAGCUACUGAAAAGCAUAGAGUCAAACACGCUCUUAAGUUUGUCUUUUACGGACGCCGUGAUCGAUGCAAACGGCCAUAUAGUAGCGUUUUGUACUACAUUGUCUUCAUUCUUCAGAAUCGGCUUUGUUCAAAAUCAGUUGGUGUUCCGUGAUGUUAUACAGUAUGAGCAUAACUGUGAGCAGCUUUGCCUUCUUGACAAAAAUGUCAUUGGUGCAAUGACUUCGAAAAAUAAACCUUUGGUGACGAUAGGAGGUAGUUGCGUUGAAUUAGUUUUGAAAUGGGAAUGUGUUAGCCCAAAACAGACUAUAGCAGCUGCAAAGGACAAAAUGCUAGUUCUUUGCUCUGGUAAGCACAUUCACGUAUACAAACUAUCGGAAUUUAAGCAAGAUGAGGUGAAUCUUGGUGGUAUUCCUAUUUCCAAGGAUUGGAAUCCAUCUAGUGCAGUCCUGAAUACAGAAGAGUCGCAGAUAAUUGUCGCUGAGAAUGGUAUUUUCUGCUUUGACCUGUUAAAUGGGGUCAUGUUGUGGCAGUGGUCGGAAAAACGUCAACCCUUGAUGAACCACCGAAUCUUUAGAAAAAUCAGCUUUUUUGAUAAAUUCGUGGUUAUCGCUCAUUCAUCUACUAAGGGCAUUGGAUUUAGCCGGCUCGACAUUGAUGAAAAACACGUUGAAUUAUUGGCAGAAAACGUGUGCAACUUCAGAGCAAAUGUUUUCUUUGAAAAUUGCAAGAACGGCAAAUUAAAAGCGUACCUCAUUACCAAAGGUGAAAUCAAGAUAAUGUACCUAAAUCGCUCACAGACUGAUUUAGCAGACAAAUAUAAGUCGAUGCACACUGCAAAUGAAAAUACACAUUCGGACGACGGAUACGUACUAAUGCCUGUUUGCCUUGAUGGGUCGGAAUCAUCAGCAUAUAUAUUUCCUUAGUUUGAACUAUUAUUUUAUUUUACAACGAUAGUGGAGAAAUGAUUUAGUAUGGCCCGAUUGUACGUGAGGAUGCGAUCAUUUUGUCUGGUGGGGAAAACCGGUGUGCCCGGAGAAAACCUAUUUUCCAAGCUGGGUGCAUCUUACGAAAUUCACAUAUGCAAGUUCUUAAUUGGUUCCCAAGAUAAAAACCCUCGAUGUGCCUAUUAUGCGUGAGACUACUUAAGAGGCACAUAAAACACAAUGACGCAUUUAAAAAAAUGUAAAUUGAAUAUGAAAUGAUCAAUAAACUUAUUUAAAAAAAAAAUCUAUUCUAACAGACGGUUUUGUCGUAAUGAUAACACAAAUAUAUUGAAAAUGUAACAAUAACAUUCUUUUAAUUCAAUCAUGGAAAUCCAUGAGUAUUCACAAAAUUGCUUGCAAGACGAUUACGAUU